UUCUUCUGCCACUGCAGGCCAACUUGGAAGUUGAAGCCUUUGGAGAUCCCGGAGUGUGUUUAGUCAUGACCUGUGAUGCCAUGGGAGACAAGUCUCAGCAGUUCUAUGGGCAGAGAUCUGGGGCUGGUUUCUAGGCUGGUUGCAAUGGUUUAGGUGCAGCCAAUUGCAAAAAGAUUUGGAGUGUAGAUGUGUUGAGAUGCAUAAUAAAAUAUAUAUAUAUAUAUUUUAAACAUCACAAGUAUCACCCUGUUAAUCCUGGUGAUCUUGUUAUUCUUUCUGUCCUGGGUUUCUGAACAAUAUGGAUCUCGCUAACGCUCUGUGUCACCCCUUCACAGAUAGGAGAGAGCCCGUGGUUGAAUUUGUGCGGCUGCCCGUUUACCAUCCUGUCCAGGUGAAGUUCCCGUGCCACCAGCCCCUGAGGACCUGGACAGAUAGCGAGACACCAAGGAGCCCACGUACGGCAUUUCCUAGUGCCGGGCCUCCCCUCGAGGUGCUCUGCUCUGCGCUGGUGGGAAGGGCUGGGCUUAUCCUUCCUGUAUUUUGACUCUGGGCACUGUGGCCCCCGCAGGGUGGCGGGACGGGACGACGGACCCUCCUGCCUCGUGCUGGCAUCUCGGGGCAGAGGCGCUUUGUGCCGAGCGUCCCCUCCAUCACCCGCUUGGGAUUCUCUGGUCCGUGACCCACCGAGCGGUCCCAGGUGGUGGGGCAGCUCCACCUGCAAACUCUGCGCACAGCACCGUGCCAACUGCAUGGCUGUAAGAUCCUGGAAAAAUCAUUAAAUUAACUCAACUCAAGGAUUCGGGGUUUCUGUGCCGUGUUCCCCAGAAAAAGGCUCAAAGGAGCUGUCUGGUAAAAUGGCAGCCAGAGGGGAUGAUGUCCCAAUGCCCGACAACCUUUUCUGUUAAGGAAUUGUUCUCCAGAUCCAACCUCAACCUCCUCUGGCUCAACUUGAGGCCAUUUCCUCUUGUCCCGUCGCUUGUUCCUGGGGAGCAGAGCCCGACCCCCCCUGGCUCCAAGCUCCUUUCAGGCAGUUCAGAGAUCAGAAGGUCUCCCCUCAGCUCCUGUUCUUCUGCUGAACUCCCAGGUCCUGGUGUCACCUGCAGCAUUUCCCUCCUCGCAGCACUGAUUCCCUCGACCACGUCAGAGCUGAGCGGGAGAAGAGCAGCACUUGUCACUGGCCCCAGCUGGAGGUUUCCUGGUCAGCAGCCGCUGGCUCACGCCAACGGUCAAGAGAGGCAGAAGAAAUCCCUUCAGAACAGCUCCCUCUCAAAAGACACCCUUCUGCUUGAUGAACCGCAGGGAAAGGCAUCCUAAACCAGGCACCUUGACCUUGUUUUCAGCCCAGGUUCCCAGGUGCUGGUGCACUCGUGAGCCAGUCGCUGCACAUCUGCCACCAAGGGGAAUCGCCUCCGAGGCCAACUGUGCCAUGGGGAUAUGAAAGGGUUAAACAUCGGGAGAGUUUGAUUUAGUGCACAAAAUGGAUAAAGCCAUUCUCUCUGCAAUUAAAACUGAGGGUAUUUUAUUGAGUGAAAUGAGAUUUCAUUCCCCAUGACCUGUGCAAUUGUAUUUUGAAUCUGGGCACGGGCUGCAGUGACCUGCCACAGCAUUUGAGGUGUCACCAGCUGCACUGUGGGUGGUAAAGUGGGAAAGGCAGGAGGGAGCCUCAGCAUCUCCCAUCCCGUGGAUAACUUCAUCACAAAGGACCAGGGCGGCGCCCGCUGGCUCCUGGGGCGGCUGUUGCCGGGCAACAGAGACACUAUAUUGUCCCCUGUCACCUGUGCCCCUCGCCCAUUUGGUCACUGGCCGUGGUGGGAUCACUUGCCGUGGUGGGAUCACUGUGGUGGUGGACUCAUUUUGGCAGUUGGAUCGCUUUCGGUGGUGGGAUCGCUCUUGGUGGUUGCAUCACUUGUGGUGGUGGGAUCGCUCUUGGUGGUUGCAUCACUUUUGGUGGUGGAAUUGCUUUUGGUGGUUGAACCACUUCUGGUGUUGGGAUCGCUAUUGGUGGUUGAACCACUUCUGUUGGUUGAACCACUUUUGGUGGUUUGACCACUUUCGGAACUUGGAUCUGUUUGGCGACUGGAUCACUUUCAUCACUCGGAUUGCUUUUGGCACUUGGAACUGUUUGGUGACUGGAUCACUUUCUGUGGCAAGAAGGAGGAGGAGAAAGGCUGCUGGCUGCCCAUCCCUCCAACAUCAUCUCCGGACAGAAGAGCUCCCGUCUUCCCACAUCCAAUUCAGUGUUUUCGGGCAGAGCAGCAGCGAUGGCCACACGCGGACUGCUGGAGAUGCUGAACGCCGCCAUGGGGACACCCCAUUUGGGGGUUGUCGACUUGGUGGCACUGCACAAAUUGCUGGAGGCCAUCAUUGGGCAGCUGGGCCAGCAGGAGCUGUCUGUCCUGGAGCCAGGGCAGAGCCUGACCCCCGGCCUGGCAAAGGACCAGGACAGCAAGGCCCAGCCUGGCCAGGAGAAGGAGGAGGACGGAGCCCUGGGCACAGGGCAGCACCUCUGGAAACCAAAGCAGCCGCUGGAUGAGAAGGACACGCUGGAGGGGACCGGGAGCAACUCCGAGGUCUCCUCCGUGGCCACGGAGGCCAUGCCAAAAACAACGAAAGAGGAGGAGAGAGACGUCCCCAAGAAAAGGGCUUCGCUCCAGGACCUGUGGGAGGAGAUCAACAAGUUUAAGAAGGCGCAGUCCAGCCUGGAACAGGACGUGCGGGAGAUGAAGGAGGCCAUGCGGGAGGCGCAUUCUGGCCUGGAACAGGACAUCCAGGAGAUGAAGGAGGCGCAUGUCGGCCUGGCAGAGGACAUGCAUGCCCUGCAAGAGGCGCAUUCCGGCCUGGCGGAGGACAUCCAGGAGAUCCAGGAGACGCUUGGCCUGGAGGGCGGUGGGGGCCAGUCUGCCCCCGCUGAGCCCACCCAGGUAGCCAUGGACAGCCAGGCCAGGAGGAGCUCCGCACUGGGGCCGAAGGGACGUGGGACACAGCCUGGGAUGGAGACCGGCAAGGGGACUGCAGGGUCUGGCUCCCCUGGGAUGCAAGCAGGGACACAGGGGGAACCAGCGACCCCUGUGAAGUUGUCAGGCGCUCCCUCCAUUCACAAGAGGUCUAUUGGUGCCGGCGCCACCACCCCGGGGAUGCAGCCAGGAUCACGGGGCACCCAGGCCAGCACCUCGGGGCUGGAGCCAGGAUCACUGGGCACCCAGGCCACCAGCCACCUGGGGACACAGCCAGGGGCCCCUGACACCCAGGCCAGCACCUCGGGGAUGCAGGCAGGAUCACCCGGGACCCACACCACCGCCCCUGGGGUGCAGCGUGGCUCCUUCAGCUCCCAAGCCACCAUCCCAGGGGAUGCCCAAGAGCCGGGCAAGCCCUGGGGCUCCUCAGGCUCCACCAUCACCUCCAGCUAUGAGCUGGAGAUGCGGGAGGUUCUCUCCCAGGUUGGGCAGCUCGGCCAGCUCUGUACUGGUCUGAACGAGCAGGUGGAGCAGCUUAAAUCCGCAAAAGCAGAACGCGCGGAUCUUGAGGACUUGCGCCGGCUCUUCCCAAAGGGAGGCCGGCAGAGCAUCACCAGCAUCCUGGCUGACCUCAAGUGCCAGAUGUCCUUGCUGCAGGACAUGGCCAGGGCCCUCCACGGGGAGAAGGAGAAGAUCAGCAAGGUGGAGGAUGCUCCCAGAAAGACGAGGGGGUCUGGAGCCGGUAGGAAAGCAGACGGCAGCGGCCAGAUGACCCAACAGCCGCGGCCCAAGGGACAGAAGGUCAAGGCAGAGCGCAAGGAGCUGGGGAAGAAGCAGGAGCCGACCCAGGCCGAGCUGGAGCAGUUUGCGGCCAAGUACGUGAAUAAGUUGGUGAUGGAGGCAGCGCAGCAGCUGCAGGCAGAGCAGGUGGACGAGCCGAGGACGACGGCGCAGAGCGGGGGACACGAGCACGCAGGGUGCCACUUCUGCAGCCCGGACACCAGGGUGCUGCUGGGGAAGCUCCUCCAGCGCUGCGAGAAGCUCGAGGAGCAGGUGGAGUCCCUGGUCCAGAAGACGGGCAGCAAGGUGGAGAGUCAUCCGAAGUGGAGGAGACAGUCCCUGCAGCACGACGAGCAGCUCAAGUGCCUCCAGGCCAGCAUCAUGCAGCUACAAAAGGACUAUGAGAAGUUGAGCUCGGCCCUUGCAUACCUCCAGCAGGAUCGCCAGCAGAAGCAGAAUGACAUCAAGGCUCUGUCCCAGGCCCUGGGGAGGCUGGAGAAGAAACAAGCAGACAAGGAGGAGAUGCUGGUGCUGGGAAUCGAUGAGAAAGCAGACAAAGCCGCCCUGGCUGACAAAGUCAGUCGCAGCCAGCUUGAGGCGUGCGAGGAGCGGCUGACCAAGAUGGUGGAGGAGGUGACGAGCCAGGUGACGGGCCAGGAGAACGGCUGGCUCCAGUUCCAGAAAGAGCUGCAGAGACAGAUGGACUGCAAGCUGGACCGCCGGGAGCUGGGGGCGUUCCGGCAGCAGCAGGAGGAGCGGUGGAAGAGCCUCAGCGGGCAGCUCCAGGAGAAGGCGCUGCAGGCAGAGCGUGACAAUGCCGCUGGGAUUAGGAAGCAGCUGCUGCCCGGUUUCCAUUGCCUGUCCUGCGACCGGCCACUCAACAUGCUGGCUCCUGGACCGGAGCGGACGGGCGAGUGUAGAUACCCCACUGUUCCGCGGAGCUGCGGGGGCCAACACACCGUCACGCCCCCGCGCUUCCAGCCCAAACCGCCCAGCACCCCACGGCCAUCCCAACCCAGUGCCCGCAGCCCCAACAAGAAGGUCACGAUGCAGCUGUCGGGCCAGGAUGGCACUGAUGGGAACCGGCAGGACGAGCAGCUCUCGGUGAUGGGGGGCUCUGAGCUGCCCACAACGCCAAGGGCCACCCCAGACACCUCGACCUCCAGGAACCGGCCAAACACCCGCUCCUCGCUGAGAUCAGCCGUGCUGCAGCACCUACCAGUCUCGUCUCCCAGACGCUUCACCCUGGCACCGCAGCUGCUGCCGCCCAUCCCGCCCCCCCGCCGUGAACCAACCCCCUGACAGCCGGGCAGGACGGGGUCCCGGCCCCGGUCCCACCGCCCCGGGCACUGAGCAGGCAGCGGCUGCAAUAAAUGGCGAUGGGAAACAAA